AUGGCAGACCCUGUGCUGAGUGCUAAGGGGCGUGCCCCCAAGUUGGUGAGUAGGUGCAAAGUCCUGUUUUCCUGUGCUUCCCCCUCCAGCAACCCAAAGGUCCAGGUGGAGGCCAUUGAGGGAGGAGCCUUGCAGAAGUUGCUGGUCGUUCUGGCCACGGAGCAGUCUCUCACUGCAAAGAAGAAGGUUCUGUUUGCCCUGUGCUCCUUAUUGCGACACUUCCCCUAUGCCCAGCAGCAGUUCCUGAAGCUGGGGGGGCUGCAGGUGCUGAGGAGUCUGGUCCAGGAGAAGGGCAUGGAGGUGCUGGCUGUGCGCGUGGUCACUCUGCUCUACGACCUGGUCACUGAGAAGAUGUUUGCUGAGGAGGAGGCUGAGCUGAUGCGGGAGACGUCCCCAGAGAAGCUGCAGCAGUACCGCCAGGUGCACCUCCUGCCAGACCUUCAGGAACAGGGCUGGUGCGAGAUCACUGCCCACCUCCUGGCACUGCCAGAGCACGAUGCCCGCGAAAAGGUGCUACAAACGCUGGGUGCCCUUCUGGCCACCUGUCGGGACCGCUACCGUCAGGACCUGCAGCUCAACAGGACGCUGGUCAUCCUCCAGGCUGAGUACCAGGCACUGGCUGCCCUGGAGCUCCAGGAUGGCGAGGAUGAGGGCUACUUCUGGGAACUCCUGGGCUCUAUCAACAGCUUGCUGAAGGAGCUAAGAUGAGGCUGCCCCGGCACUGGGACUGGACUGGGAUGCUGCUAGUGAGGCUGAGGGGCACCAGCUGGGGUGGGCUCUUCAGGGGAUACCAGCUAGGAGGGAGGACUUCCCCACUGGGGCCUGGGCAUCAUCUGGGCAGUGCUGGCCUGGCCAUUAAAUGGAAGCAUGAAGG